CGCUUCCUGCUCGCCCCUCCCACGGGGACGGGUUUGGCCCCGGCGGCGGCCCCUGGACGCCCGCACCUCGACCCGCGGUUUCGGCCAGACCCGCCCGGGAGCUGGUUUCGAUUAGAGCCGGCGGGAGGGCGGAGCGGCCUGACGCGAGGAGGUAGCUAGGAGCGAGCGGCCCAGGGCGGCAAAGCGCGGCUGGGAGAGGGCAGGGCGCAGGAGCCCGGCCCUGCUGACGGCGGGGGGCCGGAGCCCGGGGCGCUCUCCCGGCGCGCGAGGGCCCGAUCGCGAGGCCGCGGCCGCGGAGGAGGCAGCAGGUGCGCCGCCCGGAGGGGGCGCGGCGCGGCGCCCCGGGAUGCGGACGCCGGUGGUGAUGACGGUGGGCUUGGUGUUUGCGCCCUGCGGGCUGCUGCUCAACCUGACCAGCACGCUGACGCCCGGCUGGCGGCUGGUGAAGGGCUUCCUCUACGAGCCGGUGGACGUGGUGCUCUACCAGGGCCUUUGGGACAUGUGUCGCGAGCAGAGCAGCCGCGAGCGCGAAUGCGGCCAGGCCGACCAGUGGGGCUACUUCGCGGCCAAGCCAGUGCUCGUGGCGCGGGGGCUCAUGGUGACGUCGCUGGCCGUCACGGCCGUGGGGCUGCUGCUUGCGUCGCUCGGCGUGCGCUGCUGGCAGGACGAACCGCGCGCCGCGCUGGCGGGCCUUUCCGGCUUGGUGCUCUUCACCGCGGGUCUCUUCAGCCUCAUCCCGGUCUCCUGGUACAACCACUUCUUGGCAGACCGCGCCAUCCUGCCCGCCCCGUCUAGCCCGGUCACGGUGGAGGUCAGCUACAGCCUGGUGCUGGGCUAUCUGGGCAGCUGCCUGCUGCUGCUGGGCGGCUUCUCGCUGGCGCUCAGCUUCGCGCCCUGGUGCGAACAGCGCUGCCGCCGCCGCCGCAAGGCGCCCUCGGGCAGCGCGCGCCGCAGCAGCAUCAGCACCGUGUACGUCGACUGGCCCGAGCCCGCGCUCGCGCCCGCCAUCAAGUACUACAGCGAGGGCCAGCACCGGCCGCGGCCCGUCGAGCUCGGCGCCGCCGGCACGUCCAAGGUGGGCUUCCCCAUGCCGCGGCCGCCGCCCAAGGCCUACAGCGACCCCGAGGUGGACGUGCUCGACGGGGAGAAGGAGGCCGACUCCCGGGAAGCCUCCUCGCGCAGCACGCAGUCCUGCCACAGCCCGCUGCCCUGCGACUGCGACCUGUAGACGGCGCCCCGCAGCCUGCUCUGGCCGGGCUCUGUCUGGACGGAGGACUCGCCCCACCACGGCCCUACCUUGAACUUGUCUGUUACCUGGCCGCUGGACACACCUGGCUCGGAGUCACAGCCCCAGACGCGUUCCUGUAACUUGUUUGGAGAGGGAUCUUCCUUUCCUGUGGCCAGACUAGGCUCCUUGGACGGUUAGUUCAGGUUGGGUUUGGUUUUCUUUACAUAGAAUUUAGCUUUCCUCUCCGGAGGAACCAGGGUCCUCUUAAGGAGUGAUAAGCUUUUCAUACUUUUAGCUGAAGGAGCUAUAGAAAGGGUGACUUUUGCAUCGUGUUAACCAGGGACAAUAACACCAAAAAGUCAAAAUCAGCAAAUAGAAACUCAAAAAUGAUUUAACACCUUGAAACAACAAUACUCUGAGAUGCCCAUGAACCAUCAAGCAUCCAUGCAAUUAAGCAUUAAUUUUUUUCUGCUGAAUAAUUCAUUUUCAUGCACACUCUCAAGAGACAAAUAUAUUUCUGGCCAUGUUUGAAUGAGGCAUUUAAACUAGAGCCAUGCAAAUACCAGCAGCCUUAGUGGCUUUUAUGGAAGAAAAGAACCUGAUUAACUCAUAUUUACGUUUCUCCAUGUAUAAAUAGGAUUUAUCUUUUUUAUCACUUCUUUUUGGUGUGAAAGUGACUCUUGAGGUCACUCCAGAGUUUCUCUUCUAGAAGCCAGAAGGAGAAUGAAGGCACUAACGCUUUCCUGUGCUAUUCCUUGGCUACCUCACCCAGGACAGAGGGACUAUAGAUUAAAUAUUUGGUACAAAAUGGGACCUGUUCAUUAUAUUAGGUUAAUGUACAGGUGUAUAUAUCUCUUAUUUAUAAAUAAAAUUUGAAAACAAGAGUUUCAGUUUACCUACAAAAGCUUUUUUGUCUCCCUUACAACCUUUGGGAGUUUAAGCAUUCAUUACUAACAAUUUCCUGGCUGCCUCAGUACUGUUUCUGAAAUCUAGCACUCAAAUCUUUGCACCUCUUAGCAUAAGAUUACUAAAAGAAGCCAACAGGCCCCACUUAAAUCCCUGAGUGCUUUAUUUUCAGGUUCCUGCUGUUUUCCGUACAAAGCCAAGUCUAUUGUUGAGAAAACUAGAAGCACCAGUUUCCACACGAGGUAGGACUAGAAAUCUUUUCCUCUUGUAACAGUGGAGCCUAAAGUCACAAGUAGGCAGCUAUGAGUUCCAUGAGUGGGAGGCUUUAAUUCCAGGUGGUUGAUUUAAAUGUGCCUUUACAGGAACUGAAUCUCAUCUUUAAAACCUGCUGCUGGUAGCCAAUUCAGAGGUAGGGAUGUUCAGUUCAGUAAGCGCUGAUAACAGAGAGCUGUAGUAAAACUAAACAGCACAAGCUGCUGGUUAGCAGUGGAACGGACAAUGUAGAUUCACUUCCCUUACAAUUUUGUACUGGAAUCACCUGUGUCUAUCGUUUUGCAGCCAAACUUGAAUGUGCCAUCGUAUCAGGUGGGGAUCUCUUUCAAAUGCAAAUUCUGAUUCAGUAGGUCUGGAGUGAGGUCUGAAACUGAUUCCCUAACUAGCUCCCGGGAGAAGAUGCCAAUGCUGAAGGUUCAUGGCCCCCACUUGGGGGCUGCAAGGUUUUCCUUGAGACUAUGCCUCACGCAAAUUUCAGUCCCAACUGGCAGCAGAUAAUCACACCUUUGAGAGUCUGCCGCCUAAAUGAGUUAGGGGACUUGCUCUAGGGAACAGGACCAGAUGGAGAAAAGGCAAUGCUGCUUUUUUCAGCUAACACUUCAAAAGGCAGAGAUUAGGGGCCUGGGAAGUCAGCACCUAGCAGACAACAUAAAGCUAUUGGGAUUCUGGCAGGUACCGAAUCGACUGAAUCUUGCCUGCAUCAUAAUUCCAAAUAUUUCUGGGGAAGCCUUAAGAAAAACAAAAUCGAUGUUUUGUAUAGUUUCACUUUUACUUCUCCUCAAUUAUUCUCCACUGGCUUAUAUUCAAAACACUUCCUCUCUGGUGACUAAGAUUUUGUUGCCCUAUCAACAGAAAUAAACCCAAAAUUCCCUUUAAAAAAUACAAACUUCUUUUUGCUGUAAUAGUAUGCGAGAUGGCCUGGAAAGAAACUCCUGCAUCAGGCCGAGAUUUGUUCUUGGCUUGAGAGUUGUUCUCUGACAGCAGCACAAACUGACAAUGGUCUUGAAACUCAAGAUGCUGGAGGAGGCCGGAGCCUCAGGACUAGCUGUUGUGGGCGAGAACUUAUCCUGAACUUGAUACUAACCAAGCAAGCACAGUGGACGCCAAUGUG